AGAUUCCUAUAGAUGAAUUUUCCCUCUCUAAAAAAAUGGCAACCACGAACAACGAUUAGAAAUCUGUUGUUUUCUUUUGUUUCAUUCUUAAUGCCUAUUAAUUUAUUUGGAAAUCCGACGGACUCUUUUCUUUGUCAGAACACUAACAACAAAAACAACAGUGUCGAAGCAGAGUUGAUUCGGCCCAUUUCGUGAGCAGUUAUUUACAUUUGCAAUUAAAAUUGUGCGAAAUUUAUCCUAAUUUAGCGACAUGUCGCCGCUACUCAAUACCACUUUUUCGGAAUGUGUUCGCAUUAUCUUCGUCAUCAUAUUUUGAUAGUGCGUUUUGACGAAGUCAGUACUAGGCUUAAGAGAGAAGAAAGAGGAACAUAAAAACUUGAAAAACACAAGUAAAUUAACAAAAAGAAGCUAACAAGAAAGUUGAAAAGUGUUUUAUAAAACUUAUUUAAAGUUUAAAAGCAAAUAAAAUGUCCACAAUCGAUUCAUGCACAGUUUCUCUUGGUGUUCUUUCUUCGUUUAUUUAUAAUCAUUGUACUUGGUGCCUUUUAAAAGAGUCGAUGGUUUAUCUAUAUAUAUUUACUUUCCGUGGGGCGUAGUUAUUCUGCUGUGUUCGUCGUCACAUUUAUUUGUUUUUGUAGAGUUUUGUUUUGUUGAUCUUAAUUUUUUAACACAAUAAUUUUUGUAUUAACAUUAUAUCUGCAUCAAUAGGAUGAAGAAUAGAGUGUGCUUUGUGUUUGUAAUCCUUGGCUUUUUGGCAAGAGAAAGUUUGGCCAUUUGGUGUUACCGCUGCACUUCGGCUACUCCUGGUUGUGGGGAAGUUUUCAAUUGGAGGGGCAUUGGUUUUCUGGGAGAACAAUGUCCGGAGAAAGACGAUAUUUGUGUAAAGGUGACUGAAAGAAGAGGUGCCCAAGAGACGAUUAUACGCGACUGUGUGAGUGCAUUAAACUUUCGUACCGACAUUCCAGCAGAUAAAUACGAAGGUUGCUAUCCAGCCGCCAAAGAUGUUCGCUUGGCCCAUUAUGUCAAUCACACAAUUAAGGAACACGAUGUCAAACGUGAUUUCUUCAACGAUGUUACAUACUGUUUCUGCUUUUUGGAUCAUCGCUGCAAUAGUGCCGAAACAUUGAUAAGGACAAAAUCACUCCUUGUAUUUAGUAUGCUAAGCAUAAUCAUUGUGGGUAUCAUAAACAAACUAUAUCUUUAGUGAGCAAUACUCUUCCAAAAGAAAAAUUCAACAGACACAAGCAGACUAACAUAAAUUAAACCAUGACGUGCCUUUAAGUCAUCUCGAAUAUUUUUUUACUUGAUAUGAAAAUCGUGUUUCUAUAUGUUACAAAUUUAACAAACAGUUUUAAAUCUACCAUUCCAAAACUUGUAUGAUUAUAUAUAAAAACUUAUAUUAAACUCAACUAAAUUUAACUUAGUCCGUCCAUUUUUAAAUAAAA